AUGGUCACGGCGAAGGUCAACGUGCUCGAUACUCACCGACAAUCUGUUGACUGUCGAGCACUUCUGGACACCGGAUCGACCACCAACUUCAUGAGGGAGAGUCUAGCCAUCGCUCUCAAACUACCAUUGAAACCAUUCGCCGUGCCAAUAGGAGCUCUAAAUGACGCAAAUACCACCACCAAGUAUUUAGUCACUGCCACCAUACGAUCUCGAACAGCUGAGUAUGAAAGGACACUCAACUUCUUGACAGUGCCCAACAUCACUCAUGCUGUACCUGAUCAACCUCUUGAUCACAAGGCCAUCAGGAUUCCUGCCAACAUUAAGCUUGCGGAUCCUGACUUCCAUCGUCCUGCACCCGUGGACAUGCUCCUCGGAUCUGGACCAACACUUUCGCUACUUUGCCAAGGCAAGAAAAAGCUCACGCCAGCAGAUCAACCAGAGCUUUAUCUCCAGCAGAUUCUGCUCGGCUGGGUAAUCGGAGGAAGCGCGCCAACAAUGCAGCCAAUACGCCAACGCGUAUGCAAUGUUAUCAACACCUCCAACCUGGAUUUCUAUCUCUCCAAGUUCUGGGAGAUUGAAGAAGCUGACACCACUUCAUCUGCAACCAACGACGAAUCGGAUUGCGAACGACACUUCCUGAAGAACAUCAAACGUGACAAUUAUGGUAGAUACAUUGUUGCUCUGCCGUUCAACGAGAAGAAAUCUCUGAUUGGGGAGUCUCGAUCACGAGCUUUCCGCCGACUCAAAUCUUUGGAGAGGAGACUAGAGGGCAAUGCAGAACUGAACACUCAAUAUUGUGCGGUCAUCAAAGAAUAUCUCGACCUUGGUCAUUUAACAGAAGUGACUGAGGCAGAUUUAUCUAGCUUCGGAUUUUAUUUGCCACAUCACGCGGUGAUCAAGGAGAGCAGCUUGACGAUCAAGGUCCGUGUUGUCUUUGAUGGAUCAGCAAAGACCAGCACCGGAAUAUCUCUCAAUGAGACUCUACAUGUCGGGCCUACAAUCCAGGACGACAUAUUCUCUCUUCUUCUGCGCUUUCGCCUUCAUCCGUACGUACUCACCGGGGAUAUCGAGAAAAUGUACAGACAAGUUCUCGUACGCCCUGAAGAUCGACAAUAUCAACGGAUCCUGUGGCGCGAUGGGAAAGAACCAGUGAGAACGUUUGAACUUAAUACAGUGACGUUCGGACUCUCUGCAGCUCCGUAUCUUGCGAUUCGGUGCCUUCAUCAACUUGCAAAAGACGAAGGCCAUCGACAUCCAGGAGCUGCACGGGUGCUCCAGAGUGACCUGUAUGUCGACGAUCUACUCACCGGGACACAGACUGGAGAAGAAGCAUUGGAUAAACUGGUGAAACUUGGUGGAUUCAACCUGAGGCAAUGGGCCUCUAACGAUCCAUUAAUUCUGAACGAAUUGACAUCAGACAGUGUCAAUCAUCAUCUUCAAAUUGGAGAUUCCACGACCUUGAAGACAUUGGGCGUGCUCUGGAAUUCAUCAGCUGAUACCAUCACGUAUACGGCCAAGGUGUCGUCGAACGAGGCAGUUACUAAACGGAUUGUUCUAUCUGAAACUGCCAAAAUUUGUGAUCCCCUUGGUCUCCUCUCGCCAGUGGUCAUAGUGGCGAAGAUCAUCGUGCAGAAACUCUGGACACUAAAAAUAGGCUGGGAUACACCACUCCCGUCUGACAUUCAAGAAGAGUGGCUUCAGUUCUAUGGACAACUUCAAGACAUCAGCAUGGUGACCUUUCCACGAUUUGCACUUCAAGAAAAAUCCAAGGAAAUCCAACUCCACGGAUUCAGCGAUGCCAGUCAAGAUGCCUAUGGAGCUUGUGUGUACCUUCGUCCAAUUAGGAGCAGUGGGGAGGUCAAAACCACAUUAUUAUGUGCCAAGUCUCGUGUUACACCUCUCAAACAACUCACGAUUCCAAGACUUGAACUCUGUGGGGCACAGCUACUCAUCAAGCUCAUCCAAGGCAUCAAGAGGACCAUCACUAUCAACAUCGAUCGCACAGUCUACUGGACAGACUCCACUAUUGUCCUACAUUGGAUUCAUACACCUGCACAUCAGCUGCAAACGUUUGUCUCAAACCGAAUAGCAGACAUUCAGUCCAAAUCUCAACCUGAUAAUUGGAGACACGUGAGGACUCAUGACAACCCAGCAGACUUGGUAUCUCAUGGACAGCCCAUCCAGGACUUCAUCACCUCCAACAUUUGGUUCGAAGGUCCUUCAUGGCUCCAAGCAGAGGAAAGCAGCUGGCCAGUUCUCAACCUGCAGUACUCAUCACCCCCAUCUGAUAUACUCUAA